AUGGUGCAAACUGGAGAUCCAACAGCAACUGGUCAGGGAGGUGAAUCAAUAUACGGGAUUUUACAUGGUCCGACGCGAAAGUAUUUUCCAGCAGAAAUUCAUCCCAAACUAAAACAUAAAAAAAUUGGAACAGUAUCAAUGGCUGUUGCCAGUGAUGGAACCGAAAAUGGAAAUGUUAGUGGAUCACAAUUUUUUAUUACAACAGCUGAAAAGUUAGAUUAUCUGGAUGGGAAGUACACAAUUUUUGGAGAGGUUGCAGAAGGAUUUGAUACCCUCGAAAAAAUCAACUCUACUUAUUGUGAUGAUACUGGAAGACCUUAUAAAGACAUUAGAAUCAAACACACUACCAUACUUGAUGACCCGUUUCCUGAUCCUGAAGGUUUAAUGAUACCAGAUCGGAGUCCACAACCAACCAAGGAAAUGUUAGCUACUAUAAGAAUUGGAGAAGACGAAAAUAUUGAACCUGAACUUCCGCCUGAGACAAUGGAGAAACUUCAACGACAAAUGGAAGCUCAAGCUCAAGCUUUAACAUUGGAAAUGAUUGGAGAUAUACCAUUCGCAGAAGUUAAGCCCCCAGAAAAUGUUUUAUUCGUAUGUAAACUAAACCCAGUUACUAGAGAUGAAGAUUUAGAAUUAAUUUUUUCAAGAUUUGGAACUAUUAGCAGUUGUGAAAUUAUUCGUGAUAAGAAAACAGGAGAUUCUCUUUGUUACGCUUUCAUUGAGUUUGAUAACAAAGAGGAUUGUGAAACGGCCUAUUUCAAAAUGAACAAUGUUCUAAUAGAUGAUCGACGCAUAAAGGUUGAUUUCUCACAAUCAGUAUCCAAACUUCACAAAGAUUGGCUCGCUUCAAAGAUUAAAAAAGCGAGAGGAGGUGGAUACGGUGGAUCUGAAAGCUUAGAGAAAAAGACAAGAUAUCGUGGGGGGGAUGACACACCGGCUGAUAAGUAUGAUCUUGUUUUUGAUCAUGUAGACAAUUAUGAAAAUGAGAAACAAAGGUUCAGCAUGGAGAUGGUGCACGAAGACGUGACAGCGAUUAUUAUGCGAGAAGUGCACCACGAAAAAGGUCUAGAUCUAGAUCAUAUAGUCCUCCUCGUCGAUACAAGAGUAAACGUUAAGGGCCUUGCAGAAUUGCUCGCCUUCACACUAUCCCUACGCUUUGGACUUGGAAAACCUCCCCAAAGUUUAUGA